AGUUUUCUCUGCAAUUGCAAUGCAAUGGAAAACCUGAUGUAUUAAGUAGUGCGGUAUACCGUAUACGUAGUUGAUAGCCGGAAAUCGGCCAGCGGUGGUAGAGAAUCAGGUCCUCCGUAGAUUCAAAUGACGACGAUUCUCUCCGCACAAUUACACCCAAAUCAAAGUGCCGGUAGGAGGAGUGAAGACGAUGGCAGUGCACUUGGAAUUCUGGAAUUUGUGUAAGGGAUUCAGCGUUUUAGUAUUCCAAAUCAUCUUCUUCGCAGUCAACAUCCGUGAAUCCCUUUUGAGAAGCUCGGACACUUGCUAGGUAAAGCAGGUCCCCUUUUUGAAAUUGAGAUUCUGAUUGGGAAGAGCUGAAGAUUUUUUCAGUGUCACUUGUGAUGCUACCCAUUCUCAUGGCAACACUCCCAUCCAUCCUAAAUGCUCCAUAGAAAAUUCUGCACAUGACAAAGCUACUGUUGUGGAUGAUGAAACUUUCGCAAAUGACAUGAAAAAUCAACUUAUUGAGCUCUUUUGUAAUAGAUUCAAUGGUACUGCCAUUGUGAAUGGUGAUGAACAAUUUAGAAGUUCAACCAGAAGACAAACCAGCAAACCUUUCGCAACCUGAAAGAGAAAUCAAAACAGUCAGCUGCUGCCUUCUUAGUUUGGUGCAAAGCCUGGGCUUUGAUGAGAGAAAGAAGAGACUAAACCCAGCCAAAUUGG